ACUGCUUCCAUCCUUUGUUCCCGGAACCAUCAACAACCUCUGCUUCACCUGCCUGUUCAGCCAGGACAUUCCCCCUUCUCCCAUAAGCCUGAGCUCCUGUCUGAUAUUUUUUGACGCGCUUGGGGGACUCAAUUGGUAACCCUACACGCGUGGUUCUAGCCAGGAUACCCCGCACUGCCUCCCUGCCACUUUGACGCGUCCAUUUGCAAAACCCCCGGUCUCCAGCCACCGCCAACGCGCAAUCGACCCGAGUUCGAGCUUCUCUGCAGCACCACCGCUGUGCUUAUAUUGGCCCUGUGUCAGGUGUAGGACUGAAGGAGCCAGGUUGAACUGCCAGACGCGAGGGCAGGGUCUAGGAGCUAUGGUCUGACUGUGCGAGGGUCGAUGGUUCAAAUGCUCCCGACAGCGCGCAGGACUCUCCAUCUCCCCGGGCCCUCUGCCCGGACACAAGCGCACUCCCCAAUAUGCCGACCGUACAUGUCACACCAGAGUCGGCCCUGCUGCUGCAAGACAUUGCAAACUCGCUGUACAAGGCGAAGAAGGUUGUGGUGGUAACCGGUGCUGGAAUCAGCACAAACUCUGGCAUUCCGGACUUCCGAUCUGAAAAUGGCCUGUACUCUCUGAUCCAGGCCCAAUUCGACGCCGCGACCAAUGAGCUCUCUGCGAGGGAUGAGCCUCGCUCUCUCUCUCCAGGGCUACCGACCGAUGCUUCUCAGGGGCCACCAGCGAAGCGGCGAAGAGUUGUGUAUGAUGAGGCUGUGCCUCUGUCCAGUGGGGCGCCUUGUCAGGAUGGCGCCGAGAGAAAGAUUGGGCCAACAAAGUACAAUGAAGAGGGGAAAGCAGGGUCUUGUUCUGGCCAGUCGCCAUUGCAAGAAGACUCUGCAGGGGGCACAAUGAUUGAGGAUCGGUGCAUCACUGUGUCGUCCCCCUUGUCAGAUCUUCCAGACUCAGAAUUUGAUGGGAUGGGGGAAGCUUUGGAGCUCCCGUAUGGUGUUGGCUUGCCCGAUGUCGAGGGGCGUGAACACUCUGCAACUCACCCCAAUGGACCCCCGGGGGUGGACUAUGAGCUCCCAGUCAAGGAGGAUCCUUCCACGGGGGUGAGGAUAUCGCCAGCGGCCACUCCCAAGCUGCUUCCUCGGCUGCCUGAGGACCUCGAGCUAAUGGGUCCAAGACUAGACGGGUCCUGCUCCUCGGGUUUUCGUUCCUCCCCGAGAGCCUCAACGCCAAAAACCUCGCACCUUUCUUCUGAUUCUGAGCUCCCAUCCUGCCCUCUCACCUCAUCACCUCUCUCAUCUCCGCCUCCAAUCCUCUUCGACCCGUAUGAGGACUCUUCAUCAGGGCAAAGCUGUUUGCUGAAGCAAGCUCCCUCGUCUCGAGCCAAUUCCCCAUCUCCAUCUGAGAGUGGGAAAACUUCGCCGGCCUCAACACCACUCCUCGCCUCACAAUCGAGCUUCGGUUCCUCAACUUCCUCACUUGCGGCCCUUCCGAACCUCAAAGGACGGGAUCUAUUCGACUCGUCCAUCUGGGCAGACCCUGUCAAGACCUCAGUCUUUUACACCUUCACCACUACUCUAAGACAGAAGGCGAGAGAUGUCUCGCCUACUCCGAGCCAUGAGUUCCUCGGGGCGCUGCGAGAUUGCAGGAAGCUCGUCCGUUGCUAUACCCAGAACAUUGACCAGCUCGAAGAACGAGUCGGCCUCGCCACCUCCCUUGGCCUUGGACCAGGGAGCCGCGCCAGGUUCUCCACCAGAAGCCGUGCCUCGGGUGUCGGCCUCGCAGGAAGCAGCGGCUGCUCCGGGGAUGCACAACGGAAAGGAGACUCGGCAGAACAAGCCAGAGGGUCAAAUCCAGAACAGCAAACGCGGGAGCCAGAAUCGAAACUCGCCUCGGAACAAGGUAAAGCCUCUCCUUCUCAAACUCAAGUCUCUCUUCACCAAGACUCGAAAUGCGUUCCGACCCAAGAAAGGAAAGACGGGUCAGACAAAGGCAGCCGCCGAGAAGGUGACGCAAGAGCAUCACCAAUCUCCGACUCCGGGCCCCGUCAGCCAAGAGGUCAAGGAGGCAAAGAUGGAUCAGCCACGCCGCCGAGUUCGUCGCCGCCCCAGGACCAUUCGGGCAAGGAGGGCGCCCAAAUUGUUCGGCAUGGGCACCAAGAUCCUCAAGCCAAAGGCGCGGCCGCGCCUGUCGAGCAUCCGGGAGUCGCGCAUGAUUGCCCAGGAGGACAUAGUCCGGGACCGACGCAUGCGGGACGGGCGGAUACUUCGAGGCCAAACCGAAGGGAUACUCUCCAGACCCCUCCCCCCUCUUCCGGUCGGAGCGAGCACUCCCAGACGGCCAAACCCGACGCGGCCGACCAGGCUCCCCCAAAGAAUCGUGCCCGCCCGAGCACACUCCCUUCCACGCUCUCCGCCCCCAACCGGGGCGUAGAGUGUGUCUUCCUUCACGGCUCGCUAAACUGCCUCCGGUGUUUUGUCUGUUCGCGUACCAGCUCGUGGGACGAGGCGGAUCGAGAACUAGACACACUAGCGGGCCGACAGCCGACGUGUCCUCAUUGCGCAGGGGCCACGGCGGCGAGGGAGGAACGGGGGAAGCGCGCACUCGGAGUCGGCAAGCUACGGCCCGACAUUGUAUUAUACGGAGAAGAGCACCCGCUCUCACAUCUCAUCAGCCCGCUCGUCCAGCAUGACCUGUCUCUGGGUCCGGACAUGCUUCUUAUUUUGGGGACGAGCCUGCGCGUCCAUGGGUUGAAGGUCUUGGUCAAGGAGUUCGCCAAGGCAGUGCACACCAAGGGAGGCAAGGUUGUAUUUAUCAACUACACAAAGCCCCCCGACAGCGUGUGGGCCGACGUCAUCGAUUACUGGAUUCAAUGGGACUGCGACGCCUGGGUCGUCGACGUGAAGGGUCGAAAACCCGCUCUUUGGUUGCCUCCGGGCAGUGUCCUCGAGGACGAAGAGCCCAAGCCCGCAAAGACGAAGCGAGAGAGCAACGGAGAUGAGCGAAAAGGCAAGCGAGAGAGCAACGGAGAUGAGCGAAAAGGCAAGCGAGAGAGCAUCGGAGAUGAGCGGAAAGGCAAGCGCGAUGCGGGCAAGCCCCAGCGAGAAAAGAGCAGCUUGUCGUCGCAAAAGAAGGCGAAGGACGCGGCCGAGCCGGCAAGACCACGCCGCGGUGAAGCAAAUCUCACCCGCGACACCAAGAGACCGGUGGCUGUACGCGACGAUAAAACCAAUGGUGCGUUUUUGACGUGGAAGAUCAUGAGGGAUCUUCGAAGAAUCGCAGGCACAUCUAGCCCAAGCGACUUCCCGCCGCCGGCCUCAGCAAAAGCAGGUGCAACAAUUGCAGCGCCGAGGAAGAAGUCCCGGAAGUCUGCCCCAGCAAUUAUGGAGUCCUCCGAAAGGCCUCCCAAGAAACCGAAGCGGGCCCGGGCUACUGCCCUCCCCAAGGAGAUUAAAGAGCCGGCCCCCGCCCCGAUAAUCCCCGACAGCUCGAUAUCCGCCGCCGUCAAACUCAAUCCGCGGAGGAGGAAGGCGAAGUUCAUUGAGGGCUACGAGCUCGAGAUGCGAGGAUCCCGACUGUCUGGUGCAUAUUUGACGCCGACUCCGCUUCUUCCCGCCACCCCCACCGCUAUCCCCCCCACCAUCCUUCUUCCUCCCCCCGUCCCCCACGGCGACGUAAACAUGGGCGGUGUGGUGUCGCCCACCUCCGUCCCCAACCUCUCCCCAUCUCAUUCCCGAUCCUUCAGCCUACCACUUUCCCUUCCCCCGUUGAACGAGCUCGCCUCUCAACCAGGGGGGACGCCGGGGAAGCCCGAACCCCUGGAGCCGUGGGUCGGGAGCCUCGGCCCGCCGUCGAGGAUCUCGGCCGACGUCGGGGGCGGUGACAGGUGGAGGCACAGCAUGGCGGACCGGCUCGUCGACCCAUUCUUCCUCGCCGACCCGCUCGGCGGCCAGCUCUGGCAUCCGCCAACGAUGGAGGCGGUUCCCGCCGUCGCGGGACUGCAGGGCGAGGCGGCCAACUACGGCCCCAACGAGCAGUUGAGGAAGGAGCAGGAUGCUGCGUUGGUUCUCUCGGGUUUGAAGGCUGGGUUUACGUGGUGAGACGGUCCGUCAAGUACGCUGAGGGAAAGGGGGAGGAGGCUCUUGAUUGGGAUGACGCGGCAUGGCAUGGCAUGACACGAUAUCACAUGGUAUCAUGACGGUGUUGGUGGCGUUGCAGUGGCUCGGAUAAUGGGCCUUUUUUUUUCUUUUUUUUCCUAUCCUUUCCUUUGGCAGUGUAGUCUCUUGCAUAGACAAACAUGCCUGACCGUCACGGCCAUUCACUCUUAGUCAAUAUUCUUAUCCCGAAUCCACCAGCCGUAAAGCUGGCUCGAAUUGAUCGAUUACUCGGGUG